CAGACCCAGGGGUUCACUUUCACGCUGGCCUUUCUGACUGCAAAGCAAUAAUUGGAGAAGCAGCAGAGCUGGAGUGCAAAGUGAGCAGUGAAGACUGUGUCGGAAUCUGGUACAAAGACGGAAAUGAGAUUAAGUCCGAUGAAGGUAUAACUAUUUCUAAAGACGGAACUUUCCACCGGCUGAAAAUUCACAAGGUCACCGAGGAAUAUGCUGGAAAAUAUAAGUUUGAAGCAGAUGGACGGAAGACUGAGGCUGACAUUGUCGUUGAGGAUCCCCCGCGAUUUGAGGCUGAGGAGUUGGAAGCAUUUCAAAAACCUGUGACGGUGAAGAAGGGUCACAAAGCUGCUUACAAAAUGUCCUUUAUUGGACGGGAACCUUUGAAGGUCCAGUGGUACCUUGACGGUGAAGAGCUUUCAGAGGAGAGUAAUAUCAAAAUUGAGCACUCUGAAGGGAGCAGUCGUUUGCUUCUGCUCAAGCUGCAACGCAAAGACAGCGGUGAAGUCAAGAUAAAAAUCAAAAAUGAGUUUGGCACCAUCGAGGCCCUCAGUCAACUUGUUGUGCUAGACAAACCCACUCCUCCAAUGGGACCGUUGGAGAUUGUUGAAGCCUCCUCCUCUGUCAUUGACUUCAAGUGGAGGCCCCCAAAAGACAGCGGUGGCUGCAAGAUACAGCACUAUAUCCUUGAGCGACAGCAAGUUGGACGGAACACCUGGAAGAAGAUAGGGCCCAUCGGUACUGAAGCCAAAUACAAGGACAGUGAUGUGGACCAUGGUAGGAGGUACUGCUAUCGCAUCAGAGUGGAGACUGAGAUGGGCAUCAGCGAGCUGAUGGAGACGGAAGACAUUCAAGCUGGGACAAAAGCUUACCCUGGAGCUCCAUCGGCGCCAAAAGUUGUCAGUGCCUUCAAGAAUUGCAUCAAUCUUACCUGGUCCCCUCCGGCCAACACGGGUGGAACCAAUAUUCUGGGAUACAACCUUGAAAAACGCAAAAAGGGGAGCAACCUCUGGGGCCCCGUCAACCCACCAGAUGAGAUGAUCAAAGGCAAACAGUUCGGUGUCGUGGAUGUGGUUGAAGGGAUGGAAUAUGAAUUCCGUGCGGCUGCUAUCAAUAACUCAGGAGCCGGUGAAUUUAGCUCACCGUCCGAGUUUGUGUUUGCCAGAGAUCCUAAAAAGCCUCCUGCUAAAGUCGCAGACUUGAAAGUGACAGAUUCCACCUACACAACGCUGUCCCUGUCUUGGAAUAAACCCAAGAUCACAGAGGGGGUUGAAGAUGAAGCCAAGGGAUAUUUUGUGGAGAUCAGGCCUGCGGAAAAUACAGAGUGGGAUAGAUGCAAUACAAAUGCAAUAACCAUGACUACAUACACAAUAAAGGGCAUGAAGUCAAUGGCCAUGUAUUGGGUGAGAGUCAUUGCUGUUAAUGACGGAGGACUGGGGGAGCCUCAGGAGCUGGACAAUUACAUUCUCGCUAUGCCUCCUCCUGUGCGACCCAGGCUCACAGAUGCCAAAAUCAAGAGUUUUAUGGUGGUGAGAGCAGGAAAUUCUGCACGAUUCAACAUCAAUUUUCAGGCCUCUCCAUGGCCAGAGGUAAUCUGGCUGAAAGAUGGAGUACCAGUGUCUAAAAAAGUGACCAUCAGCAAUGCAGAGGGUAUGUCCCAGCUUCUGAUUCCAUCAGCUGAGCGCUCAGAUACCGGAAUUUACACCAUCGUUGUAAAGAACAUUGUUGGCCAGGAAACAUUCAGCAUUGAGAUCAGAGUCACAGAUGAGCCAAAGCCGCCAGGUCCUGUGGAGAUCGAUGAAAACGUGCCCGGCACAGUCACCAUUUCAUGGACCCCGUCUCCAGAUGAGAAGCGUGACGACAGGCUACACUACAUGGUGACCAAGCGGGAUUCAAACAAAAGAAGCUGGCACACUGUUGCCGAUCGAAUCUUCAACAAUAGAUUCACAGCCUGCAACAUAAUGCCGGGCCGAGAAUACCAGUUCAGAGUAUAUGCGAAGAACGACAUGGGCUCCUCCAAUCCCUCAGAAUCACCCAAGUGGCUGAUUACCACCAAAAAAGAGAAGUUCACUCUGAACAUGCCCGAGUCAAAGACCUGUGAUCUGCAGUGUCCUCCCAAAUUCCUCGUUCCCCUGAAAAUGCACACCGCUCCGCAAGGGUACGAAUGCUACAUGAGUUGUGCCAUAAAAGGAGACCCAACGCCUCACGUGACGUGGCUCCGCAACAACAUCAGCCUCAAUACCAACACCAACUACUUCAUCUCCAACACCUGUGGAGUUUGCUCUCUGCUAAUAUUGAGGGUUGGAUCUAAAGAUACUGGCGAGUACAAGGUUGUUGCAGAAAACUCUUUGGGAAGAGCAGAAUGCACCACAAAACUCACAGUUAGAGGGAAACUGGCCGUCUUCAGAGCGAUUGUAACUGGUACACCAAAACCAGAUGUGACCUGGGUGAGAAAUAACGGGGAAAUCGAUGAGAGUUACACAGUGGUCUUCGACACAAGCUCCGGAGAACACCAACUGCAGGCUGACACCUAUAAGUGCUUUGCCAGAAAUGAGUAUGGAAAAGCAGUGGUGACUGCCACUCUGAACAUUAUUGAAGUUCCGAAUGCAGAGUUCCUGGUUAAGAUUCAGGAUGUGACGGCAGAGGAAAGAGAAGACGCUGUGUUUCAGUGUUUGCUCUCACAUCCGAUGACAAAGAUCAGCUGGACAGGGAAGAAUGCCCCACUGGAGCAAGGAGACAAAUAUGAUAUCACAGUAUCAGAAGACAUGCUGAUUCACACUUUGGUGGUGAAGGACUGCAUGCCUCUGGACAAAGGCAUUUAUGCAGCUACAACUGGAAUGACAUCCUGCAAUGCCUGGCUUAUAGUGCAAGUCGACAAAGAUCCGAGCGCAGCUGGAAAAAAGAAGGUCCGUAAGACAACCCGAGCCGGUGGUGGUGGAGAUGAACUUCUGAAGAUUGCUCAGGAGCAACAGGCCAAGUUACAGAAAGAAAGAGACGAGCUGAUUGCAAAGGCAAAGGCAAGAGCGGAGGAGGAGGCAGCGGCCGCGGCCGCGGCUGCGGCUGCAAAAGCUGAAGCUGACAAACUAGCAAAAGCAGAGGCGGAGGCCAAGCCCAAGACAAAGAAAAAGGCUAAAGUUAAGGCACAGCCCAAAGCAGACGCGGGAGGUGCAGAUGCAGAAGGUUCAAAUGAACCCUCAGCUGUAGAUGGGGAAGAGGAUGAGGAAGAGGAUGACGGAGAGGAAGAGGAAGAGGGAGAUACAGGGGUCAAAGAAGUGUCUGAACCAACAGAUUCGGGACCGGCAAAAGAAGAAAGUGCUGACGCUGAAGAGGAGGAGCCUGUUCAAGGGAAAAGAAAGAGAGAGAGAGCAGGCCCUCUUGUCCCUGAAACUGUUAUUGACCCAGGGGUUUACUUCACUGGGGGCCUAUCAGACGUGACUGCCAUCAUUGGUACAGACGCAGAGCUGCUCUGCAAGCUCAGCAGUGAGGACUGCGACGCAAUCUGGUACAAGGAUGGAAAAGAGAUAACAGCUACAGAUGACAUUUGUAUCGUCAAAGAUGGCUUUUAUCGCAAACUGAUCAUCAAAAACUCCAAAGAGGAUGAUGCUGGAAAGUAUAAAUGUGAAGCUGACGGGCGUAAAACUGAAGCUGUGCUAAAAGUUGAAGAUCCCCCAAGAAUCAACCUGGAAGAUCUUGACGAGUUUAAGAAGCCUGUCAAGAUCAAAACAGGAAAAGAUGCAGCCUUCAAGAUUCCAUUUGUUGGUCGUGAACCCAUGAAAAUCCAAUGGUACAAUGAUGGUGAAGAGCUGAUGGAGGACACAAAUAUCAAGAUUGAAAAGUCAUCUACACACACCCGCCUGAUUUUAACCAAGUGCCAGCGUAGAACCAGUGGAGAAAUCAAGAUCAAAAUUAAAAAUGAAUGUGGAACAAUUGAGGCCACCACAGAACUUGUUGUACUGGAUAAACCGACACCACCACUCGGCCCUGCGGAUAUCAUUGAAAGUUCAGCCUCUUGCAUCGACUUUAAGUGGAGGCCUCCCAAAGACAACGGGGGUUCACCUAUCACCAACUAUAUACUGGAGCGCCAGCAAAUUGGACGCAACAGCAAGAAGAAGCUGGGUAAGAUUGGCUCUGAGCCUAAGUACCGUGACACCGAUGUUGAUCAUGGCAGGAAAUACUGCUACCACAUCAGGGUUGAAACAGAUCAGGGUGUCAGUGACGUUAUGGAGACCGAGGACAUCCAAGCAGGGACUAAAGCAUACCCGGGACCUCCAUCUACACCAAAAAUUGUCAGCGCUUUUAAAGACUGCAUCAACCUUGCUUGGACUCCACCUGCUAACACUGGAGGGACAAAUAUUAUUGGAUACAACGUGGAGAAACGCAAGAAAGGCAGUAAUCUGUGGGGCAUGGUCAACCCACCUGAUGAGCCUAUUAAAGGAAAAGAGUAUGGAGUGAAGGAUGUGGUUGAAGGGUUUGAGUACGAGUUCAGAGUUUCAGCUAUAAACAUAUCUGGAGCAGGAGAGGCAAGUACACCAUCGGAGUUUGUGUUCGCAAGAGAUCCGAAAAAGCCUCCUGGUAAAGUUAAUGACCUAAAGGUGACAGACUCCACAUAUACCACUUUGUCACUGGGCUGGACCAAACCCAUAGAGGAGGAAGGGGUCCAAGAUGAGGCCAAAGGUUACUUUGUGGAGCUGAGACCAGCAGAAAAAACGGAAUGGGAUCGCUGUAACUCCACUCCCAUCAUUAUCAACUCCUUCACUAUUGUGGGUCUAAAAUCUAUGGCCAUGUACUGGGUCAGAGUUCUAGCCAUCAAUGAGGGUGGAGCCGGGGAGCCUCAAGACUUAGAUAACUACAUCAUUGCGAUGCCUCCUCCAGAGCGCCAGGACACUGGGGUCUACACCAUAAUCGUCAAGAACAUCGUUGGUCAGGAGACUUCCAGUGUUGAGAUAAGAGUCACAGAUGACCCCAAGCCCCCAGGCCCCGUGGAACUGGAGGAGAAUGUGCCAGGAACUGUGACGGUCUCAUGGACACCAUCCCCAGACGAGAAGAAAGAUGACAGGCUGCACUACAUGGUCACCAAACGGGAUUCUGUUAAACGUACCUGGCACACGGUGGCGGACCAUCUCUUCAACAACAAGUACACUGCAGCAAACAUCAUGCCGGGAAGGCAGUAUAAGUUCCGGAUCUAUACAAAGAAUGACAUGGGGAUGUCUGGACCCUCCGAGUCACCAAUCUGGGAACUGAACAAGAAGAAAGGCAAGUUUCAUAAAAGUUGUAACUUUGAGACGCCCCCCUCCUUCUCUGUCCCACUGAAAAUGCACAAAACCCCUGAAAGCUACGAAUGCUACAUGAGUUGUGCUGUGACAGGAAACCCCAGACCCCAUGUCACCUGGUACAGAAAUAGUAUCAGCCUCAACACCAACACAAAUUACUUCAUCACCAACACUUGUGGGGUCUGCUCCAUGUUGAUACUGAAGGUUGGACCCAAAGACAGUGGGGAUUACACUGUGGUGGCAGAGAGCCCUCUGGGAAGAGUGGAGUGCUCAGCAAAACUUGUAGUUAAAGUGGGGAUCAAGAAGAAGUCCAAAGUUCCUGGGGUGAUGAUUACACAGUUUAUGGAGACGCUGCCUGAGGGAAAGAGCCAUCCAGAUUUCACACGCAAGCCGAUUGCUCUGACCAUCCAAGAGGUGCUGACCAGGGCUCCACUUUUCUCUCCCUCUCUCUUCUCAAAAACAGGAAAAUUUGCUUUCUUCAAGGCCAUUGUCACUGGGGAUCCAAAGCCCACCAUGCCAAAUGUUAAGCCAGACCAAGCAGACACAUAUAAAUGUUUUGCCACCAACGAGUACGGACAAGCCAUGGUCACAGUUGUUCUGAAUGUUAUUGAAGUUGGUUACAAAAAAAACAAACCCAACCAGCAAGCAACCACUGAUGAAGAUUUCAAGACUGUUUUGAAAAGGAAAAGCAAGAUCCGACCGAAAUCCGAGCAGCCGCAGAAAAAGGAGGGAGAGAUCGAUCCUAAAUUUUGGGAGCUGUUACUUAGUGCUGAUAAGAAAGACUAUGAGAAAAUCUGUGUAGAGUUUGGAGUGACCGACUUUCGCUGGAUGCUCAAGAAACUCCAGGAAAUUAAAAAGGAAAGGGAAGAAGAGCAAGCAGCGUUCGUCAGAAGCCUGUCGGAUCUGAAACACAUUAGGGUCAAUGCCGACGAUACGGCAUCCUUUGAGCUGGACAUGGAUCUCAUUGACCAAAGCAACUCUAUAUUUUUGUAUAAGGAUGGAGAAAUGGUUCCUUAUACCAAAGAGCUGGGAGAUGAGUUGAAGCACUCCCUUAAACAGAUUGGGAAAAAGUACAUUUUCAGCAUGAGAGACCUCAUGCCAGAAGAUGCUGGACUGUACCAAGUAGAUGUAAAUGAUGUCACCAUGUUUUCAACUGAAUUCAAAAUCCCCAUGGUAGACUUCUUGGUGAAAAUUCAGGAAGUGAAGGCCAAGGAGAGAGAGGAUGCUGUGUUUGAGUGUGUUUUAUCAAACCCCUUUUCCAAGGUUUUGUGGUUUGGCAAGAAUAUGCCGCUUGAGCAAGGGGAGAAAUAUGAUAUUGAGGUUUCAGAAGACAAGCUCAUUCACCGUCUGGUGGUCAAAGACUGCAUGGUUGUAGACAAGGGAAUUUAUUCAGUCUGCGCCGGAAUCAAAUCAUGCAAUGCAUGGCUCGUCGUUGAAGCAAAGAAGACAGAACCCGAUCCGGUGCCAGAGGUGAAGAGCACUGGAGAACCAACAGUGGCAGCAGUGGAAGAGGACACAGGAACUGGCCAGACACCUGAGGAAACCAAGUGUGAGGAAAAGCCUCUUACAGACAGCGCAGACAUACCUUUUUUCGAUGAGGAUGACCUUCACAAGUUCUCCAAGCCAGUGAUAGUGAGAGUGGGCCAAAACGCCGCUUUCAAGAUGCCCUUUCCACCUCAGGAAUCUCUGGUGGUCAGCUGGUUUAAGGAUGGAACUGAGAUCAAAGACGGAGGAGGAGUUAAGAUCAUGAAGGAGCCGAAUCACAGCCGCCUGCUGCUCAGGGACUGCCUGCGGACGGACGCAGGGGAAAUAAAGAUCCAACUCAAAAACCCAUUUGGAGCUGUAGAGGCUACAUCCAGGCUUAUUGUUCUUGUACUGUCUGGUCCACCUGGAGCUCCUCAAGUGGCGAGUGCCUCAAAAAGCUGUAUAAACUUGACCUGGACCCCUCCAGAGGAUGACAGAGGCGUGCCGAUUAUUGGUUACCAAUUGGAGAAAAGAAAGAAGGACACAAAUCAGUGGUUUGCCCUUAAUGCACUAAAUGACCCCAUUGAAGAUUUGAAAUAUGCUGUGAAAGACGUCACUGAGGGGGCAGAGUACGAGUUCAGGGUUUCAGCAAUCAAUGAAUCUGGAUCUGGAGAUCCAAGUCCUCCAUCUGCGCUGGUGUGUGCAAAGAAUCCGAACAUGAGGCCUUGUUUUAAAAACCCAGAGGACUUUGUCGUUGUCAGGGCAGGAAACUCUGCUCGUGUUAAAAUUUGCUACGAGGCUGAACCUCCACCUCAGAUCACUUGGCUGAAGGAUGAUGAGCCAAUAUCCCCGUGGAUUAAUAUCGUCAAUACAGAGGGAAUGUCUCAGCUUGUUAUUCCCUCAUCAAAGCGCUCAGAUUCGGCCGUCUACACCAUUAUUGCCAAAAACUCUAUGGGUGAGGCAUCAUUCGACAUCGAAGUUAGAGUCACAGACCAAGAGCUCGAUGACCGUAUGUAUUACAUGGUCUCUCAACACGACUCCAACACAAGAGUCUGGAAGACUGUGGCAGACCGCCUCUUCACCAACACGUACACGGCCUGCAACAUCCUACCUGGAAUACAGUACCACUUCCGAAUCUAUGCCAAGAAUGAUAUGGGUCCCUCAGAUCCAUCUCAGUCACCUCCAUGGGGCAUCAACAGCAACAGAGUACCAGUAAUCUCAAAUGGAGUCAUCUCAUCUGAGGUUUGCUUCGAGAGGCCUCCGUCCAUCCUGGUCCCUUUGAAAGUCCACACACCACCGAGAGGUUACCAGGUCUACAUGACCUGUGCUGUGCGAGGAUGUCCCACACCUUCUGUGUCCUGGUACCUAAAUGGCACCUGCAUCAACUCAGACAGCAACUACUACAUCACCAAUGCCUUCGGAGUGUGCUCCAUAUACAUCCUCAGAGUCCGACCAAUAGACAGCGGUGAAUACAAGGUGAUUGCCGUUAACUCUUUGGGCGAGGCACAGUGCUCCACUAAAGUCAUUGUUAGAGGUAAAAAGGCAUUAUUCAAAGCAAUGGCGAGUGGAGAGCCAGCACCUACUGUCACAUGGGCCCGCAGUAAAGGUGACGUUGAUGACCCAGAAAAGUACAAGACCAGAUAUGACGAAAGGGCUCAAGAAUACAUUCUGGAGGCACAUCCCAUGAAACGCAAUAUAGAGGGUUACCUGAUAGAGAAGUGUUUGGAGGUUGGAUACAAGAAGAAACCCAAGGCAGAAAAUGGAGAGUCAACACAGGACUUCAGAUCAAUGCUGAAAAAAACUGCCGUUGUCAAGAGAAAGAAGCAACUUCCACCAAAGACAGAGGGAGAUAUUGAUCCUAAACUCCUGGAGCUGCUUCUCAGUGCACCAAAGAAAGACUAUGAAAGAAUCUGUUUGGAGUUUGGUGUUACUGACUUCCGCUGGCUGUUGAAGAAACUAAAGCAGAUGCAAAAGGAGAGGAAAGAUGAACAGGCAAAGGUUGUAGAGAACCUGGAGAAUGUUAAACAAAUUGAAGUGAAACCAAGUGGGAGAGCUGAAUUUAGCUUCAACAUGACCCCGCUGGAUCCCAACAUGCCUGCUGUGGACUUUGUGAGUAAGAUCAAAGAUGUUAAGGUCACUGAAAAGGAGGACGCCAUCUUUCAGUGUGUUUUGUCGACACCCCUCAACAGAAUUACUUGGUCAAAAGUCGACACAUCACUCGAGCAAGGGGACAAAUAUGAGAUCACUGCCUCUGAAGACAAACUAACUCACACUCUGAGAGUGAAAGACUGUCAAAUAGCAGAUAAUGGAGCAUACUAUGCAAUUGCUGGCAUCACUUCCAGUAGUGCAUCUCUCAAAGUGGAAGCUGAUCCAAACAGUCGCAAAGACAAAACCAACAAGCAUGAUGGCCAGUCUAAAGGGCUGUCAGAUAAGCAGGGAAUGCUGAAAACAGAGGGAGAUGAAGGGGACUCCACAAAGAAUGCUUCAGCUUUACGGGGAGAUGGCACUGAUGGAGGAGAUGGAAGUGAUGGAAAAGGGGGAAGGGACGGUUUUGGUGAUGGAAGCGGUGCUGGUUCUGGUGAGGGGACAAAUGACGGGAAUGAUGGAGGCCAAGGCAACAGGGGGGGUAUGGAGGGUAUGGAGGGCAUGGAUGGCAUGGAGGGCAAGAACAACAACGCCAACCUUGGGGAUGGAGAUGAUGAAAACGCAGGAGAUAAGAGAAAAAAGAAAUCGCGAGUUGGUCCUUUGGUUCCUGACACUGACACAGAUAAAGGCGUUCGGUUUGUCUCGGGGCUGUCAGACACAGUUGCCAAUGUUGGUGAACGAGUCGAGCUGUCCUGCAAAUUAAGCAGCGAGACUUCAGAGGGGCGCUGGUACAAAAAUGGGAAGCUGCUCACAGGGGGGGAGGGCGUAGAGAUCAUCAAAGAUGGUGCCUGUCACAGUUUGAAAAUUGACUGCUGUAAAAAAGAUGAUGCGGCUGUGUACCGCUUUGAAGCUGAAGGGCGCAAAUCAGAGGCAACACUAAAUAUUCAAGACCCACCAAAACUCGACCUUGAUGCUUUAGGAAAAUUCACACAACCAGUCAUUGUGAAGGCUGGGGAAAAUGCUGAGUGGAAGAUGCCAUUCUCUGGUGGGGCACCCAUGACAAUACGCUGGUACAAGGAUGAUGACGAGCUUGUGCCUGGCAUCAACGUAAAGACUGAGACGUCAGACACUGAAAGCCAGCUCCGCCUCACAAAGUGCCAAAGGAAAGAUUGUGGAGAUGUCAAAAUCAAAAUAAAAAAUGAAUUUGGCACAAUAGAAGCACUGUCAAAACUCAUUGUACUGGACAAACCAACACCGCCGCAAUACCCCGUGGACAUACUGGAAAGUGGUGUAACAUCUGUUGAAUUCAAAUGGAAAGCACCAAAAGACAAUGGUGGAUGCCCAAUCACAAACUAUAUCAUCGAGCGGCAACAACUGGGGAGAAACAAAUGGUCGAAGCUUGGAGAAAUCCCUGGAAACCCGACUUACAGAGAUUCAGAUGUGGACCCUGGAAGGAGAUACAGCUAUCGGAUCAGAGCCAAGAACGCUGAAGGGAUCAGCGAUUACCUGCAGACAGAAGACAUAGCAGCUGGUGUAUUACAACCCCCAGGCAAAGUGACAGAUCUCAAAUUAACAUCGUCCAGUUAUACUAGCUUUUCACUGGCUUGGAUAAAGCCCAAGGAAGUAAAAGGAGAACAAGAUGAAGCCCAAGGGUACUUUGUGGAGAUCAGACCAAUAGAGUGCCUUGAAUGGACCCGCUGUAAUGCCAUCCCAGUUACUUUGACGUCUUACACUGUGCUUGGCCUUAAGGCAAUGGCCACAUACUGGGUGAGAGUAAUUGCUACAAAUUAUGGAGGUGAUGGAGAACCUCAGGGCUUUGACAAUUAUAUCAUCGCCAUGCCACCUCCAGUAAGGCCCAAAUUUAAAGGUCGCAACAUGAAGACCUUUAUGGUGGUAAGAUCUGGAAACACUGUUCGCCUCAACAUCAACUUUGAGGCAUCCCCACUGCCCGAAAUUUCCUGGGUGAAGGAUGGUAGUCUAGUGGCCAAACAUGUAACUAUUACCAACUCUGAUAAAGGCUCUCAACUGUUGAUUCCCACAUCUGAGAGGUCAGACAGUGGCAUUUACACCAUCACUGUGAAGAAUCUUGUUGGUCACGAAAGCUUCAGUGUCGAAAUCAGAGUUACAGAUGAUCCUACACCUCCAGGUCCCGUAGAACUGGAUCAAAAUACCCCCGGAACAGUGACUCUCCACUGGGCUCCUUCUCCAGACGAGAAGAGAGAUGACAGGCUACACUACACCGUAUCCAAGAGGGACUCCUUCAAACGCGCCUGGAGGACAGUGGCAGACAACCUCUUCAACAAUAGGUUCACAGUGGUCAAUAUAAUGCCUGGAAGGGAGUAUUUCUUCAGGGUGUUUGCAAAGAACGACAUGGGGCUUUCAGCACCUUCUGAGUCUCCAGCCUUUGCAAUCAAAAAGGAAAGAGGAAAGUUGAAAAUAGACGUGCCCCAGGUUAAAUCCUUGGACUUUGCGUCUCCCCCAUCGUUUAUUGUCCCCCUAAAGAGACGCACAGCUCCUCGAGGGUACGAAUGCUACAUGAGCUGUGCGGUAAAGGGGGAUCCUGCUCCACGCGUGACGUGGUACCGCAACAAUAUCAGCCUCAACACCAACACCAACUACCUAAUCACAAGCGUUUGCGGGGUCUGCUCUUUGCUCAUCCUGCGGGUGGGUCCUAAAGACGACGGAGAGUACAAAGUCGUGAUACAGAACAAAAUGGGGACAGCCGAAUCCGCGAUGACUCUGAGCAUGUACGAAAAGGCGCUGGCCACCAAUCAAAGGCUCAAGUCACGACUGGAAACAAGUAAACAGGAACUCGCCAUGAUUCAGGACCAGCUGCAAAAAUCACAGAAGGGACAAUCAAGUGACCUGGGCUCGAACGACCUCGAAGCAGAGAAAAAGGUUAAAGCAGAACUUAAGAUGGAGAAUCAGAGACUGAAGGAUGAGAAUGGAGCUUUAAUCCGAGAUGCAGACAGUGAGCUUCCCAGCAGUGGGGACGUAACGGAGGGAGAUGCAAAUGUCUCCAAGUUUCUCAGGCUGAGCAGGCAGAACAAAGAAGAAGGAGAUGAAAUAACAAAAGCAGCAAGUGAGGACGAGCAGUGCGGCGACCACAGCGAUGGCAAUCAAAGCCCACGGAGGAACUGUCGGUUUUCAGAACAAAAAAUAUCCGGCGCCAGAGUGGAAAUCUCAGCCGGAGAAGGAGCCAUGGUCACGGUUGUGGCCCCUGUGGGCUCGGCGGCCGCCACGGCCUGUGGCUUUCUGAACAAGUUGAACUUCAUCGGCUCUCCUUGGGGAAAUACCAUUCAGUGUGCUCAAGUCCGGCUGACAGCUGCACAGGCGAACGAGGAGUGCUGA